AUGCAAGACAACUUGACCGAUACACUUAGUAUUUCAAAUCCAUAUUUUGUUGUUAAAAAAAAUGGGGUUGAAGUACAUUAUGAUGGAAAGACAAAAGAAUUUACAGAUGGAGUGGAUUGUUUUAAAUGUGAAGCACUUGAAUUACUUUUAAUUCAAAAAGAAAAUGGGAUAGAAGUAAUUAAUUAUUCAUUUGAAACAUUAUAUGAAAUAGAAAUCCAAUAUAUACAAAAUAUUAGUGUUACAAAAGAGUUUUUACAUAUUUUUCAAAUGCCACCAGCAAGUAAUAUAAAAGGAUAUGUCAAAGAAGCGUCAAUGUAUUAUUUAAUUGAAAUACAAAGAAAAAGCUAUAAUAUAGGAUUUAGUAGAAGAAUUAAUGGUACACCAAUAAGUUGGCCAUUAACUACAAUUAAAAAUAAUAUUAUUGGGAUUAUUGAAGGGAAUGGAGUGACAUAUUAUAAGUAUGAAGAAGAUAAAAUAUGUAGAACAUUUUCAAAAGAAAAUUUAAUUAAUACAAAAAGUAUUGAUAGAGAUGAGUUUAUAGGAGGAAAAACAAUUGAAUUUAGUCCAUAUGAUUCUGGACUUGUUUUUGGUAUUUUCUUUCCAGAAAGAAAUAGAUUUCCAGGAGUAAUUGAUUUAUAUAGAAAAGAAAUUGGAAAACCAUGUAAACUUAUUAAUACAAUAUCAGUAUUAAAUGGUACAAGUGUUCUUUUUAAUUGGUGUAAAAAAGGACAUAUUUUAUUAGCUACAACAUCAACAGACUUUGAUGAAACAGGACAUAAUUAUUAUGGAACUAGUAUGUUACAUUGUUUAUAUAUUUCAGAAAAUUCUAAUAGUAAUGUAAUUGAAAGUAAAUUAGAUAAAACAUUAUAUAAAACACCUACAAAUAAUGUAUUUACUCAAACUCUUAUUCAAACUCAAGUUCAAGAUGUUUCAUUUGAUCCUACUGGGAAUUUUUUGGGUAUUUUAUAUGGAACACAACCAUCUAAAUUAGUAAUAUUUGAUACUUCAAAUAUGAAUCAAAUUUUUUCUAUUCAAAGUUGUUUCUUUAAUACAAUUUCAUUUUCUUAUAAUAGUCAAUUUCUUGCUAUUGCUGGAUUUGGUAAUCUUCCUGGUGAUGUUGAAAUUUAUGAUACAAAAGACUUUAAACGUGUAUGUAAAUUUGCUUCUCAAUGUACUACUGAGUGGACUUGGAGUAAUGACAAUGCCUCUAUUAUUUGUGGUCAUUGUUUACCAAGAAGACAUUUUGAUAAUAGAAUAGAAAGAUUUGGAAUUGAUGGAAGAAAAAUAGAACGAAGAGAUGUCUUAGUAAAACACAUUACCAUGUUUGGUAUUCCUUCAACUAAAGAUGUUGUGUUUAAAUACAUUGAAUAUAAUGAAGAAAAUGAAAUUUUUAAAGUAGCAAAAAAAAGAGUCAAUUAA